AUCCACAUGUAUAUGUACAGUAUUACUCAUUUAGUCAUACACAACACAACAAUUAAUAACACUCACAUGGUCUCUUUCACGCCCUCGCCCUCCUCCCUCACUAUAUAUUUAUGUGUACUUCAUGUUAUUAGCUUGCACAAUCUUUCUAAAUACUCCAAAGGACAAAACUCACAAGGAUCAAUCAACGGCAAUAAUGGCGAGGAAUAAUCCAUACGUAUACACAAAGAUGGAGAAAGAAGAUCCCCAAGAGCUAAUUCACAGAAGAGCUCAAUUUCUAAUUCAGAAGGUUCUAGAACGGGCAGACAACAGGACAAGACAGCAGCACCAGAGGAAGAGAUCAUCUGGACCGUUGAUUAUAAUCAGAGUAGCUGGAAUAAGAAUGAGAAUCGGUAAGAAGCUAAGGAAGCUGAGGAAGAAUAAUAGUUGCCUUUGCAAAAAUCUUAUCUCUCGUUUCAUCAAAUCGUUUAAACGAUUCUUGUCGUCCUCGUCUUCUUCACGAACUAUCUCUGAUCUUCCUCCUCUAUUCUCUCUUCAAGUUUGAUGAUCUUGAACUGUUUUUUGUUUUAAUAUAUUCCUAUAUAAUAUACUUCGAUUCCCUUCAACUAAUAAAUACACGUAAAUCAUGUUAUCUGUCGCAUUAAUUUUUGAUUUGGAGAGAAAGAUACAUGGUUAAAAUAUCAGGAAGUGAUUUUAAAAUUUAAUUAGUUUUUUAUGUCUUUAUUAAAUGGUUUUAAAUAUCUUUUUUUAAAAAUAGUUGAUUUAGGCUGUGAUUAGGUUACAGUUGAUGAAAUGGUUAGGAAAAUCUAUUUUGGAGAAUAGGUGAUGGAUGUUGUUCAAAAAAAAAGAGAGAAUACGUGAUGGUUAAUUAAUAUGAAAAUGAUGACUUUAAGUGAAAUUAGCGUAACCAUAUAGAUAUUAUUUUAGUUAGGCCACAGUUGACUAUACAAUUAAAACUGAGGUAAAGCAAUUUAUCAAAGCAGAAGAACAAAGACAAAAACUGUUUUACGAUAUAUCGUUUUACUAUGGAGUUUAAAAGAAAAAUUCAAAAGUAAAGAUAUACCACUCACUAAGCAAAUCUUGUCCAACAUAUCAGCCCGCACUUUACUUGCAAUUAUACGACACAUGGGUCUUGACUCAUGAGUACCAAAAUAUCAUUAUUAUUCCCUUUUUAAUCUACUUGAAGCAAAACGUUCUUUUUUUUUUUUGUAAGAAUGUUAAUAUCAUAUUAACGAUGUUCAGAUUAUACAAAAAGCGUAAUCUAAAAACUACUCUACCUUGGCAAAAAUAAGGAAAAAACAAGAUAGAGCAACGAUAGCUAAUAAAGCCUACUAGUUAGAUAAUCCAACUUGACAAGAGAUUAUGAAAUUUCUUCCCAUCUUUCCUUUACCAUGAUUGUGUUCCUCACUUCUCUGUAGAUCAUUCUCGCAAUCACUGCAGGUCCAAUGAUGAUGUUGUUGUGAUAAACGUUGUUCCUCUGCUUCCACAAGUGGUAUAUCGUUGAUUGAACAGCCAACUUACAGAGAAGGAUAGAGCUUUGAAUAGCAGACGAUCUGAUCCAAGAUAGCAAUUCAUUCCAGUCAUGGAAAGCAUUUGUAGGUGGGUUAAGACGGAUUAAGACAAGCUGCCAAACUUCUCUGCAAAACGUUCUUUCAUAUUCAUUAUUUCAUAUACCAAAUUUUAUGAAUGAUAAGUUACGUUUGUUAA